CUUACACACACAAGGAGUAUGUCUGCUGUCCGUGAGCCGUGAGUCUGACAUAAGUGCGCUGUCACUGGCUGUUGAGAUGCGACGCUGUCCAAGGUGCUGAACAUCUUUAUUCAGAGAGAACGGAUCGAGAGCUAAGGACAGCACGCUUUUACUGACGUUCAAGAGUUUGUUGGCGUUUUUAAAAGUAUUUUCCUGGACUUUCCGGUUUCUACUUAGAACAUGGAUCUGCUUCCCGCCCAGGAAGCCGCCAAAAUCUACCACACCAACUAUGUGAGAAACUCCAGGGCCAUCGGCGUCAUGUGGGCUGUGUUCACCAUCUGCUUCGUCAUCAUCACCAUUGUGGUCUUCAUCCAGCCCUACUGGAUCGGGGACAGCGUCAACACCCCGCAGGCCGGCUACUUCGGCCUCUUCCACUACUGCAUCGGCAACGCGCUGACCUCGGAGCUCACAUGUAAGGGCAGCAUGCUGGACUUCAACUCGAUCCCCUCCCCGGCGUUCAGGACCGCGAUGUUCAUGGUGGGAUGUUCCAUGCUGCUGGUGGUGGGCACCAUGGUGGCCUUCAGCUUGUUCUUCUUCUGCAACGCAGGAAAUGUCUACAAGAUCUGUGCGUGGAUGCAGCUGGCCUCAGGAGUAUUAAUGGUAAUAGGCUGCAUGAUCUACCCUGACGGCUGGGAUGCUCCCGAGGUAAAGAGGAUGUGUGGCCAGAGGACAGAUAAGUACAGCCUAGGAAACUGCACGGUGCGCUGGGCCUACAUUCUGGCCAUCAUCAGCAUUCUAGACUCUGUCCUCCUGGCUCUGCUGUCCUUCACCCUCGGCAACCGGCAGGAUCAACUGCUGCCAGAUGACUUUGAGUUGGAUGGAGCAGGUAAAGGCUGCACUGGGAAGAUGGCUGUAGAGCCUUCUCACCUCAAACUCAUGCAAAACGUAAAAAGGCAUGAGAAAAAAAUGCAAUUUCAAGAUUUGAUGCUUUUCUGCUUUUUGCAUGUUGAUAUUUCUAAAAUUGUCACAAUUGGUGACACGCAAAAAACGAUUGGUGACAUGAAAUUAAUUAUUUUUUACUUUUUUUCUUGCUUUUUGUAGAGAACCCAUAACGUACAGAUGGAUUCCAGUGUGAAGCUUCGGAUAUCUCAGGUUUAAGUGGUAAAAAAAAUUCUGUAUUAGGAAAACAAACAGCCAUUAAAUGCUCAUGAAGAUCUGCUUUAUUGUAUGGUGUCUUGUACAACGUUGUAUCCACAGCUCACACAAAGUCUAUGUUCUCGAAUGUGACACUGAUGUGAAGUAAACUUUUCACUUUUAGGUCAGAACAGAUAACACAGAUUACUUUGAUAUGACCAGUUUGGGAACACCAUUACUUAACACUCAGAUCUCAACACCUGGUUCUUUUAAAAAACACAAAAAAAAAAAAAAGAUUUGGUGACAUUGUUCAACAGCUGACCAUACGUACAACUGAUCUCAAGCAUUUCUGCCAUACGCUUCAUUAAAACACAGCUACCCAGCUAAAUAGUUUUAGCUAAGAUAUAAGAUUUGUUAAAAACUGUACAUAACUGUAAUAUACAUAAAGGCAAACUCUUUGGUACAGAUAUAUACAGUUUAUUUCCACUUUUCUCUGUUAGGUUGGGCUUCUAAUUUCUUUUUAAGUCAUUGAAACACUAUUCUAAAUUGAAUGAAGUGUAUGAGAAAACCAGCCUCCAAUAAAAAUUAUCUAAUUCAUCAUCAACUAUCCACAAAAUAAAGGUGUUCUACCUAAAUAUGACCUACUUCAUGAAAAACUGUCACCAAGUCUCUAAAGAACCCAGCUGGAGAAAUGCAGUGGAUGUUAUGUUACAGUCAGCGUCAAAGUCAGCCCAGUGUGCAACUCCCUUAACCCCCUUUACAAAUACAAAACACAUACCUUAUAGGACUUAAAUAAAAA